GCAGCUAGUGGGGUUGGAUUACUUUCACACGUAGUGGUGUGUGUUUCAUCACAUUUGCAAAUAUUGCUGCAAAAUAUUUUUGCGGCCUUUAAACUUCCUCUUCGAUUCCCUUGUAAUCACGUAGGAUCAAAUUCCUGAUUCCACACCACAUUUGUACUUUCCCUUUUGGCCUUUUCACUCUCUCUAUCUUCACUUUCUCUCUCUCUCACACACACACACACAAAAAAAAAAAAAAAAAAAGUCCCACAAUUUUCCAUUUUCUUAUGCACUUUUUAUGCAUUCAUUUGUGCUAAAAAUUGUUAAAUUUUAUAGCUUGUAAUGUUGUUUUCUAUACCAUUUGAAGAUAUAGGUUUGAACAAAACUACUACUCGCCCGUCCCAAUUUACAUGACACUCUUCGUUUUAAUCAGUUUCAUAAAGAACAACGACUUUUUUAUAUUUAGUAACAAUAUAACUUUGAAAUACCUAUUAUAUCCUUAAUGAAAUAAUUUCUAGCCACAAUUUCUUUUUGGCUUGUUUUAGACUUCAAAACUUAGUCUUUCUUGAUAGAUUUUGUAAUCUUGUUUGGAUUCAUGUUUACUGGUAUACUUCAAGAACUGUUAAUUAUAGCUCAAAAGGCUUUUGGGUUUUUGUAAUUAAUGGUUUUUGAAUCAGUUUCUGCUAUUACCCUUGAUUUGCCUAGCCUAUUUUUGGUAUGCUCAUGUAAAAGUAAUGGCAAUUCACUAUUGAAUACAAAAAGGAAGAAAAGGGGUUUGAGGAAAUUAGGUUCAGAUUUGGAUUUGAGCCCGAAUUGGAGUUCGGGCUAUCAGAUAAGCCCGAAAUGGGUAAUUCGGGCUUGUGUGAAUGGUGGUGGUCUUGGAGACCACCAUAAUUUUGAUACUAUAGAGAUUACAAAUAAUGCUAGAAGAGGGGCUAGAAAUAUUGUAAUUAAGAGAUUUGCUGAUGAAUUGGAUGAGUUAGAAGGUUCUACUAGUUCAAGAAACAAUUUUGCUAGUAGUUUUCAAGAAGAUCCUUUUGUAGAUAAGUUAAGAACUCAAUUAGGGGUGAUGCAUCCAUUACCUUCACCUCCAAUAAAUCGAAGUAUUUUCGGUCUUUUCGCGUUGUUUUUCUUUGUUGGUGUUGUUUUUGAUAAGGUUUGGACAUCUAGAAAGGGAAAUUCUAAGGUAGAUAAUCGAGGGAACACACCGCGUGUCCCAACAAAUCUUUCGUCGUUGUUGUUGUUGGAGAAGGAUUUGCAAAGGAAAGAAUCAGUGGAAUGGGUGAAUAUGGUGUUAGGGAAGUUGUGGAAGGUUUAUAGACCUGGAAUUGAGAAUUGGAUAAUUGGUUUGCUUCAGCCUGUUAUUGACAAUUUGAAAAAGCCUGAUUAUGUAGAGAGAGUUGAGAUAAAGCAAUUUUCGCUCGGGGAUGAGCCUCUUUCUGUUAGGAGCGUGGAGCGGAGAACUUCUCGUCGAGUCAAUGAUUUGCAGUAUCAGAUAGGCCUCCGAUACACUGGUGGUGCUCGCAUGCUAUUAAUGCUGUCCCUAAAAUUUGGAGUUAUCCCCAUUGUUGUGCCAGUCGGUGUUCGGAACUUUGACAUUGAUGGUGAACUCUGGGUCAAGUUACGAUUAAUACAAACGGAGCCUUGGAUUGGAGCUGCUUCUUGGGCUUUUGUUUCCCUUCCGAAGAUAAAGCUUGACCUGUCACCAUUCCGUUUGUUCAACCUAAUGGCAAUUCCUGUUCUAUCAAUGUUCUUGAAGAAACUUCUUACUGAAGAUUUACCUCGUCUCUUUGUCCGUCCGAAAAAAAUUGUGUUAGAUUUUCAGAAAGGGAAGGCAGUUGGCCCUGUUCCGAAUGAUCUCAAGUCUGGUCAAAACGAACCUCCUAAGUCUGGAGAAAUGCAAGAAGGAAAUAAGGACUUUGCUGGAGAACUAUCUGUGACUCUUGUUGAUGCAAGGAAACUCUCUUAUAUCAUCUAUGGCAAAACUGAUCCAUAUGUUAUUCUAAAGCUUGGAGAUAAGGUAAUACGCAGCAAAAGAAACAGUCAAACUACUGUUAUUGGACCUCCUGGAGAGCCUAUAUGGAAUCAGGAUUUUCACAUGUUUGUCACAAACCCCACGAGACAGAAGCUAUAUAUAGAAGCAAAGGAUUCCCUUGGAUUUACAGACUUGAGUAUCGGCUCAGGAGAGGUCGAUCUGGGAUCUCUCGAAGAUACUGUGCCAACAGACGUAAUUGUGGUCCUCAAAGGUUGGGGACUACUAGGACCAAGGCCUGUAGGAGAGAUUCUACUGCGACUGACAUAUAAAGCUUAUGUCGAAGAUGAGGAGGAUGAAAAGAUUGAAGCAAGAUCCAUGGAUUUGGAUGCUUCAGAUGAUGAGUUGUCCGACUUCGAUGAACGAGAUACUGCUGUCUAUGAGCAGCUUGGGAAGAGUAUGUCAAGUGGAACAGAUAAAGAAUCAUUUAUGGAUUUAUUAGCAGCGUUAAUUGUCAGUGAGGAAUUCCAAGGGAUCGUGGCAUCUGAAACAGGCAAUGGUAAAUCUGUAGAUGAGUUUAAAACUAGAGUGUCAACAUCAAGACAACGUACUCCUACUAGAUCUGUAGAGCAAAAUUCUGAUACUCUUCCUGAAAAUUUUGGAGGCUGGGCAACUGCUUCCUCCAAUUUCUGUCAAGUUUUGUACAAUUUUAACGUUUUAACUAGAUCAACAGCUCAAACCUUGCCCCAACCCCCCACAAUCCCAAUAGCAAAUGAAGGGAAUUCCCAGACACACAUAAAAUAGAUGAGAACAUUAAAAAUAUAUUACAAUGAGGUAUAUAUUCUUGUUAGCGGCAAAUUUUGGCCAUCUUUUUUCUCUUGGUAUUUGUUACAUCCUGUAAAUUCUAACUCUCUCAUUCUCUCUCCCUCUCUGUGUGUACGCUCGUGUAUACUAAACUGUCACAGCUUUAGUGGCACAAUGAGGUUUUCGUCUUUACAAGCGAGCAUUAGUUAGAUUCAAUCUCAAGGGUCUGCUAAGCUGUUGAAACUAGUGAAAAUAGUUGUGCAAUUCUGUUGUCUCCUUCAAUUUUUCUUCAUUGUUAAAGUGGUAAGUGAAAGCGGAAUAGUAUUAUUAAAAGACAGUACUGUCAAUGUAACGAUAUUACGUAGCUUAGAUUAUUUUAACAUCCAAUUAUUGCUUGUUACUUCA